AUGCAGAAGCUGCGGUUCCUGCUCACCGACUGCGCGCGGCGCGGGGCGCGGCUGUGGGUGCUCGUGAACGCCGCGCUGGUGGCGUCGGAGCUCCGGCUGGCUCUUGGGUCCGUCGCCGCUGCCAUGGAUGCGCUGCCGCGGGGCGUCGCGGAUGCGUCGGUGGAGGCCGGGGAGCUCGCGCGGCUCGUAUCGAAGCAGGCGUGGCCCGCCUGGGUGCGGCCCGACGGCGCCGACGAACGCGCGGCGCGGAGCGUGCGGUCUAUCCUCGAACAGUUUAAGGACGGCGUCGCGCCGGACCCCGAGGACGUGAAGCGGGUGCUCCGCCGGGUCAGGGUCGGGAGCUGGUCGGAGUGCUCAGAGGAGAUCGCCUUCUUGGAGAGCGAGCUGUGCGCGCGGCUGGACGCCGGCGACGAGAACAGCAACGACGUUGUCGUCAUGAAUAGCUUGAUGGCGUUCCUUGUGUAUUGCCGCGUCGUGCUGUUCGAUCACAUUGACUCCAACAAAUCGCAGGCGGCAGCGACGACGCCGGCGAGGUGCCCGGAGUGGAUCAGACCGGAUGCUCUUCAGUGCCCGAUCACUCUCGACCUCAUGACCGAUCCGGUGACCGUGUCCACCGGCCAGACCUACGACCGGGCGUCGAUCACUCGGUGGAUGAAGUCCGGGUGCCGCACGUGCCCGGUCACCGGCGAGAGGCUCCGCACCGCCGACGUCGUCCCGAACGCUGCUCUCCGCGGGAUCGUCGAGAGGAUGCUACUCAGCAACGGCGUCACCCUUCCUGAGCCGAGCGCCGCUGCCGGCCACCGCCACGGCGCCAUCGCGAACACAUCCGUGCCGUUCGGCCCUGCCGCCGCGGGAGCCGCGCGCCUCGCCGUCGCGUACAUCGUCGCGCAGCUCUCGAGGGGGUCGACGGAGGAGCGGAGGAAGGCGACGUCGGAGGCACGCAAGCUGUCGAAGCACAGCGUGUUCUACCGGGCGUGCCUCGUCGACGCCAACGCCGUGCCGUGGAUGCUAUGCCUCCUCUCCUCCACCGACGCGGCCGUGCAGGACAAUGCCGUGGCGUCGCUGCUGAACCUCUCGAAGCACCCCGCCGGCCGGAUGGCCAUCGUCGAGGUCGGCGGCGUCGGCCUCGUCGUCGACGUCAUCAACGUCGGCGCCAAGGCCGAGGCGCAGCAGAACGCGGCGGCCGUCCUCUUCUACCUCUCGUCGAGCCCUGACUCCGCCGAGGAGAUCGGUCGCAUCCCGGAGGCGAUCCCGACGCUGGUCCAGCUCAUCCGGGACGGCGCGUACCGCGGCCGGAAGAACGCCAUGGUAAGCCUGUACGGGCUGCUCCAGUGCGCGGCCAACCACGGCAGGGCCAUCGCCGCCGGCGCCGUGUCGGCGCUCGCCGCCCUGCUGUCCAGCGACCGCGACGACCUCGCCGGGGACAGCAUCGCGCUGCUGGCGAGGAUCGCCGAGCAGCCACCGGGCGCGCUCGCCAUCCUCUCGCAGCCGGGUCUCGUCGCCCGCGUCGCCGAGUCCCUCGCCGCCGCCUCAUCCCGGUCCGCGAAAGACCACGGCGUGGCGCUGCUCGUCUCGCUCUGCCGGCACGGCGGCGCCAAGGUGGUGGCCCUUCUUGGGCGGAUGCCGGGGCUGACGCCGUCGCUCUACUCCCUCGUCGCCGACGGCGCCCCGCAGACGAGCAAGAAGGCGCGGGCGCUCCUCAACGAGAUCCACCGGCAUUACGAGAUGGCGCCGUCGCCCACGCCGCCGGCACCGUCGGACGCCGGCGACCGUGUCGUUCGCGUGCUAUAGCGGCCGGCGACAAGUUAACCCACACAAAAACACACCCCUACGUGCUCGUAAUUUUUUCUCUCGUCACGAUCUCGAUCAGCUCGCGUUUUCGAAGAGCCGAGAUCGAAUUUUGGUUCUCCCAUUUUCUCCUUUGUUACGCUUCACUUUACGUACAAAGUUACUCAUAGUCUCGUACAUACACACGAAAAAACAUCUUAUGACAUAUAGAAAAGUUAGAGGACUCAGCAAUUGAUACGUGAUCUAGGACAUACGUUGUAAAUCUUAGAGGAACUAUAUGUCGAUCCAUAGACAAUGGAACCCACAUAUCAGUCGUUAUAUCCUUUUAAUUUUACGUUGGAUGAACUGCGUUCACGUACACACAUGAUGAACAGUAGAGAAAGAAAAUUACUGUACGAGUAAUAGUGUGAGAUGCGUUUUUUUGUGUAAAUAUUCGCUGGCAAAGUUUGGUUU